AUGACUACAGGCAAAUGGAGUUGUGCCGAAGUGUUUUCAGAUGCUCACCUUAUGUAUGGUACAUAUAAAUGGAAAAUACAGGGAAGAAUUGAUCAAUUUGAUCCUAAUAUUGUAUUGGGCCUUUACUCCUUUGGUGGUCCCAGUGGAUCGAAUGAAAUUGACAUCGAAGUGGCUGCAUGGGGUGAAAAAAUUCAUAAGCCAUUUAAUAUUCAUUAUACGACUUAUCCAGGACACUUGAAUGCCACAAAACGUAUAUCUAAAAGCAAACGAUUCGACCUUACAGGCUCUCAAACCACCCACUGGUACACGUGGACACCAACCAAAGUCAUCUUUGGAAGUCAACAUGGAUUUCAUGAUACACCAACCGUCCAAAGGUUCUUCGCCUAUGAGACACCACGAAAAUUUGCUAAAGACAUGCCAAAAACACCUAUACGAGUUCACAUGAAUUUGUGGUUAUGGGGAGGCCAUGCACCGAUGAAUGGUAAAAAUGUCGAAAUAAUUAUUAAAGAAUUCUCAUUUACUCAACAAUGA